AUGGCAGUCCCCGGUUUGCUGUGGGCUGUCGUGGUCUCCACCUAUCUUGGAUCCAGUGUGGCCCAGAUGGUCACUCAGCCUCAACCAGAAGUGUCUGUGCAAGAGGCAGACACAGUGACCCUGGACUGUACGUAUAGCACUAGUGAGAGUGAUUAUUAUUUGUUGUGGUACAAACAGCCUCCCAGCGGGGAGAUGAUUUUCAUUAUUCUCCAAGAAGCUUACAAGCAACAGAAUGCAACCAACAGUCGCUACUCUGUGAACUUCCAGAAAGAAGCCAAAUCCUUCAGCCUCAGGAUCUCAGACUCCCAGCUGGAGGAUGCUGCAAUGUAUUUCUGCGCUUACAGAGAGGUGACCCCUGGGACUGGCAAAUUAACAUUUGGGGACGGGACCGUGCUCACUGUGAAGCCAAAUAUCCAGAACCCCGACCCUGCCGUGUACCAGCUGAGAAGCUCCAAAUCCAGCAACACCUCCGUCUGCUUAUACACCGAUUUUGAAUCUCAAGCCAAUAUGUCACAAGUCACGGGGCCCAUGGUGUAUAGCUCAGACAGCACCGUGCUGGACAUGGGAGCCCUGGGUUCCAAGAGCAACGGGGUCGUGGCUUGGGACAGAGCAGGAACCAAUGUGGGAUGCAAAGACACCUUCAACCAGACCUUCUACUCCAACUCAGGAAUUCUCUGUGAUACCAAGAUAGUAGAGAAAAGCUUUGAAACAGAUAUGAACCUAAACUUCCGAAACUUGUCAGUGAUCGGGUUCCGCGUCCUCCUCCUGAAAGUGGUCGGGUACAACCUGCUCAUGACGCUGCGGCUGUGGUCCAGCUGAGGUCUCCAAGAACGUGAGAGCCCCGUGCUCCCUCUCCCCUUGUUCCUUGUCGCCCCUCCUCUCCCUCUUCAAGCAGAGAGGUGCACUCUCUGCCCCCGUGGACAAGAAGGCUCCCUCCACCUCUCUGGCCCCACUGGCGAUACCACCAACUGGAUCCUACCAGAUAUUCCUGAUCAAGACGCUGAAGAGCUGCCCAGCACUGCCGCCACCCCCUCUGUUCCCUCACUGCUGCUUGUCACUGCCUGGCAUUCUCAGCAAAGACAGAGGCCGCUGCAGCCUCUCCUGGCUGUGGGGAAACUCCCUCCCCGCCCCGCCCCUCCCAGAGACUGCCUCUGAUGUACCACUGAAGGAUGGUUCCCAGUGGGUUCUCUUGGGCUCUAGCUCCUGGAGAAUGUUGUGUGCUGUUUAUAUUUUUUACAUAGUGUUCAUAAAGAAAUACAUAUCACCCUUUUUCCCAAGAUGUGGGGGAGAUUAUCUCAUGAUCUAGGCCCUGCUCUGCUUGUGUAUCUGAACCACGUUGCAUAUUCUGCUGCCAUGGCUUCAUUAAAA